GUGACACGCGACACAAACCAGCGCUAAGCCUCCUAACCCUAAACGCCUAAACCUCUCGUUCAUCCCCAUGGCGUCACCGCCGCCGCCGCCGCCGAAGCUGCCGAUCCCCGGCCGCCGAAACAUACUCAUCACCAGCGCGUUGCCCUAUGUCAACAACGUCCCGCACCUCGGGAAUAUCAUUGGCUGCGUUCUCAGCGCUGACGUGUUCGCGCGGUACUGCCGGCUCCGGGGUUACAACGCGAUCUACAUAUGCGGCACCGACGAGUACGGGACGGCCACCGAGACCAAGGCCCUGGAGGAGAAGUGCUCGCCCAAGGAGAUCUGCGACAAGUAUCAUGCGAUCCAUGAUGAGGUUUACAAGUGGUUUGACAUCAAGUUUGACAAAUUUGGGCGGACGUCAGCUCCCCAACAGACAGAAGUCUGCCAGGCAAUUUUCCAUAAACUGAUGGAAAACAAAUGGCUCACAGAAAAUACCAUGCAGCAGCUUUUCUGUGACACGUGCCAACGAUUCUUAGCUGAUAGGCUAGUGGAGGGGAAAUGUCCGACAGAAGGCUGUAACUAUGAAGCGGCAAGGGGUGACCAGUGUGAAAACUGCAGCAAAUUGUUGAAUCCGACUGAGUUAAUCGAUCCCAAGUGCAAGGUCUGUAAGAAUACUCCACGUAUUCGUGACACAGAUCACUUAUUUUUGGAGCUUCCUCUAUUGAGUGAUAAGUUGGUCGACUAUAUCAACAAUACUUCGGUAGCUGGUAUGUGGAGUCAAAAUGCUAUUCAAGCAACAAAUGCAUGGUUGAAGGAAGGGUUGAAGUCACGCUGUAUCACCAGAGAUCUUAAAUGGGGAGUCCCUGUUCCACAUGAGAAGUACAAAGACAAGGUGUUCUAUGUUUGGUUUGAUGCACCAAUUGGGUAUAUAUCUAUAACGGCAUCCUAUACACCUGACUGGGAGAAGUGGUGGAAAGAUCCUGAUAAUGUAGAAUUGUUUCAGUUCAUGGGUAAAGAUAAUGUGCCAUUUCACACGGUCAUGUUCCCUUCAACACUACUAGGAACCGGUGAAAACUGGACAAUGAUGAAGACCAUAAGUGUUACUGAAUAUUUAAAUUAUGAAGCAGGAAAAUUUUCCAAGAGUCACGGUAUUGGUGUCUUCGGCAAUGACGCGAAGAUAACAAAUGUUCCUCCUGAAGUAUGGCGAUACUACCUUCUCAUGAACCGCCCUGAGGUAUCAGAUACACUGUUUACAUGGGUUGAUUUACAAGCUAAACUGAACAGUGAGCUGCUGAACAACCUGGGGAACUUCAUCAACCGUGUGCUAAGCUUUGUUGCAAAGCCAGUUGGAGCUGGAUAUGACUCCAUAGUACCUGAUGCUCCUAAUGCUGAAUCACAUCCAUUGACAAAAGCGCUUGCAGAAAAAACUAAUAAAUGGGUUGAACAAUAUCUUGAUGCAAUGGAAAAGGUUAAAUUGAAACAAGGACUGAAGAAUGCAAUGGCCAUUUCUAGUGAUGGAAAUGCGUAUCUGCAAGAGAGCCAGUUUUGGAAGCUUUUUAAGGAAGAUCCAGCUACCUGUGCCAUUGUAAUGAAAACUUCAGUUGGUCUUGUCUAUCUCCUUGCCUGUCUGCUGGAGCCUUUUAUGCCUCCCUUUUCUAGAGAAGUGUUGCGGCAAUUAAAUUUGUCCCCUGACGAAGAUCUGUCAUUCUCUGAUGAUAAAGGAGAAACUGCAAAGGCAAAAAGACCUUGGGACUUUGUACCAGCAGGACACAGAAUAGGAAAGCCAGACCCUCUAUUUAAGGAAUUGAAAGAUGAAGAAGUAGAGUUGUUCAGGAGUAGAUUUGCUGGAAGCCAAGCUGAAAGGAGCUCAAAGGCGCAAGCUGAUGCUGAAACUAAGAAAGUUGCUGAAAAGCUCAAGGGUACCAAAUUAUCUGAGGGAGGUUCAAAGAAGGAACAAAAGAAACAACCUGGUGGUUCAAAAUCAAAGGCAGUAGAGGAAGUAACGGUUGCGAAGUUAGAUAUUCGGGUAGGACUUAUUAGAAAAACAGAGAAGCAUCCAGAUGCGGAUUCACUUUAUGUUGAAGAGAUCGAUAUUGGAGAAGAGGCACCAAGAACAGUGGUUAGCGGCCUUGUGAAAUACAUCCCUCUCGAAGAAAUGCAGAAUCGGAAAGUGUGUGUACUCUGCAAUCUUAAACCGGUGGCAAUGCGCGGUAUAAAAUCACAUGCUAUGGUUUUGGCUGCAUCAAAUGAGGACCAUACAAAGGUUGAGUUGGUUGAGCCUCCCGAAUCUGCUGUGGUCGGGGAGAAGGUAACCUUUGCUGGGUACUCUGGAGAGCCCGAGGCUUCUAUUAGCGGCAAGAGCAAGACUUGGGAAAAGUUAUCAGCUGAGCUGCACAGCAACGGGGAGCUUGUGGCGUGCUACAAAGAUGUUCCAUUCACAACUACGUCUGGGGUAUGCAAGGUCAGUACGAUAGCGAAUGGAGAGAUCCGCUAGUUACAGCCCAAGCACUGUCUGACUAUAUUGCGGUCUGAUUUAAUUGAGUUGAUAUCACUGAUGUACUUUUUUCUUUUUGGAAAAUUUUAUGACACCUUUUGAGAACUUUAUCUUUUAUUCACACCAUUGUGAUUGACAAGGGACAAUCAAGAACGCGCCUUGUUCAUGUGCUCAGCGGCCCAUUUCUAA